AUGGUUGACCCAGCUGUUCUCAAGCAAAUCAAGAUCAAGACAAGUGUAGUAAAACGUCUAGUAAAGGAGCAUGCAAGUUAUAUUAAAGAAGUCGAGAAGGAGAUGCAGAAAAUUGAAAAGAUGAAGGCCGAAGCUCAGAAUGAGGACGAUGAGUAUGCUGUCAAGAAAGCAGGACAAGUGCUACAGGAAACUCGAGGAAUGAUCGGCGAUACCGCUCGACGAUGUGCAACAGCCGCUUCGGAAUUGCAGAAGCUCAUAGAUGAAGCCUCUCUAGAGGACUGCCAAGAACUGACUGAAGCCAAAGCUCAAAUUGAAGCCGCUUCUGCUGUAAAUGUUGUGUAA